UUUCUUAUCCCUACCAUUGUUCUCACCAAGUGUUUCCACUAUUAUAUAUGCAUGCAUUAUCUCCUUCAGCCCCUUGUAUUAAUUUCCAAGUUGUGGUUCAAUUUGCAGGCAUGUCAGAUCAAGAAAAUGCCUUACCUGAAGAUCCGACGUGGCCCGAGCUGAAGCUUCCAGACUUGCUGUUUACUAACGCCGUUAGGGAAGUCCAUGCGACGAUUGAGAAUGAAUGGGAUCCCCUGCAACGGUCAGCAUGUCAAACGGCGGCAGGAAGAGCCCUGUGGAAGCAUUUGAUCCAUGACCCACUUGCAGAUUUACUUGCAGGCGAGACGUACCUUACAAGCCUGUAUGAGAAGAUAAAGAAAGACCGCAUCAACAAUGCACGAGAAGUUUCUGGGGUGAUUCUCGCUGUUCGAACCCUUUGGUUUGAUUCCAAAAUUGAAGCCCUGCUUGAUUCCUUCACUAUGAAAGAGGCCCAGGUUGUUUUCCUCGGUGCAGGGAUGGAUGCAAGGGCAUACCGUUUAAACUGCUUGAAGGAUAGCGAUGUUUUUGAAGUCGAUUUUCCCAAAGUCUUGCAAGUGAAAACAUCUCUUCUACAGGCAGCAAUGGCAUCCAAAGAUGAACACCAGCAUCCAAAGGAGACAGCAAAAUCCCUGACCAGAGUGGCAGCUGACAUUAGAGAUAAUGACUGGCUUGAAAAGCUUCAAACAUCAGGGUUUGUGCCAGAGAAGAACACAAUAUGGGUUCUUGAAGGUAUACUUUAUUACCUGUCCCACUCCCAGGCCACGCAGGUACUGAAGAUCAUAGCUGAGAAGUGCGCCCUUACCCACACAGUCCUAUUAGCAGAUUUCAUGAACAAAGCAUCAAUCACGCUGUCAAAUUCCAUCUUUCACUUCUACAGUGAUUGGCCUGAUCAUCUCCUGCCUUGUCUGGGGUUUUCUCAUGUUAAGCUUUCUCAAAUCGGUGAUCCAGAUGCUCAUUUUGGGCUAAUGCACGAUCCACUAAAUCUGUUUAACAAGCUUCGCAGCUUGCCUAGAUCCCUACAACAGCACCCAGAUGACGGAACACCAUGCUGUCGCUUAUAUUUGGUGCAGGCUUCUGGUUCACCCAACCAAACCAUUCCAUAGAAAGCCAACAGAUCAGAGUUAAUAUAGACAGCUGGCAAUUAUAGCAUAAAUGUAGGCAUCAUUGUUUGUAGACCUAAAAGUAUGUACUGACUUUUGAAAGAUAAUCGGAAGAAAAAUAUGAUAGCCAUUAAGGUGGUUUUCUUGCAA